AUGUUAGAAAACGCAAGUGUACUUAUGAAUAGAAUAGGUGUGGUAAUCGAAUACCUUUACACGAAACCUUGUCCUUUUAACAACCGUAUAGUUUCGACGAUCAAACGAGGCGGCACUUUUCGUAGAGAUUUUAAAACAUUGAC